AUGGUCCUUGUUGUUGUAAAAAUGCUAUCAGGCUUUACUCCUGUCACGUCAUCCAUUGAGGAGCUUGAAAGCAAUGGCCAAGUAACGAAGAGUGAAUUCAAGAAUGACCAUGUUCUUUUCUACCUGGAAAAUGUUUGUGGUACAGCAAAGAGUUUCACCUUCUCCGUUGAGCAGGGUAACCGUGUGUCAAGCAUUAAGCCAGCCCCAGUCAUGGUCUACGAUUAUUAUGAAAAAGAUGAAUAUGCCCUUGCUUCUUACAUCAGCAGUGCUUCCAUUUCCCAGUGA